AUGCAAGAAGAGGUUGCUAGCAAUAAGAUGAUUAAGUCAAUUUCUUUGAUCAAUGAUACUGUCUCCAAAAGAACUGAUGAAAUGGCAGGUGAAAUCGAAAACAAACUUAUAAAUUAUUUAAGAGAAAAUAAUUUUGCACUACAGAUUGACGAAUCAACUUUGACAGAUAAUAAAGCUAUAUUACUAGCUUACGUGAGGUUUAUUAAUGAACGUAUAGAAAUUGUCGAGGAAGUAUUAUUUGCUAUAAGUUUGAUCACUGAUACCAAAGGUUCGUCAAUUUUUCAAGCGAUGGAGGAAUAUUUUACCAGAAAAAAUGUCCCCUUGACAAAUAUUAUUGCAUGCGCAACGGAUGGCGCUUCUUCAAUGACCGGUCGUCAUGUUGGGUUUAUAGCCCACCUAAAAAACAAGGUCCCAGGUGUUAUUUGUGUUCAUUGUGUUAUACAUUGCCAAAAUUUAGCUGCUAAAAACUUAAGCGGUGUCCUGUACGAAACCCUUCAAUUCGUCAUAAAAGCUGUAAAUAAGAUUAAAGCAAGUUUACUCAAUGACCGUAUGUUUCGAGAACUUUGUCAUGAUAAUGUUGAAGAUUUUGAAAGAUUACUUUUGCAUACUGCAGUAAGGUGGCUUUCCAAAGGAAAAUAUUUGUGUCGUUUUUUCGCAUUAUUUGACUCAAUCAUUGAAUUUCUCGAUAAAAUUGAUCCUUUCUUAAAAGAUAAUUUGAAGCAACGAAAAAUUAAGAUUGGGUACCCACAGAUAUUUUUGAAAAAAUGA